UGAUGAUGUGGAAAAUUCACAAAUCCACAAAACCUUAUUGUCUUAAUUUCCAGGUGAAAUAGAUGUCACCAAAGUCUAUGGAAAACAUCUCAGUGGAGAGCCAGAGAAUCGCUCUGUGAAAGAAAACAAACGUGCAGAGAUGAAGGAAAAAUGCAAAAACGCUGCGAAGACGCGGAGAGAGAAGGAGAACGGAGAGUUUUAUGAGCUGGCGAAGCUGCUGCCUCUGCCCGGAGCCAUCACCUCUCAACUGGACAAGGCCUCCAUCAUCAGACUGACCAGCAGCUACCUGAAGAUGAGAGCGGUCUUCCCCGACGGUCUGGGUGAUGGAUGGGGUCAGUCACCACAGUUCAGUUCUCUGGACAGCACGGCUAAAGAACUAGGAUCUCAUCUUUUACAAACUCUGGAUGGCUUUGUGUUUAUUGUUGCCUCUGAUGGGAAAAUCAUGUAUAUAUCAGAAACAGCAUCAGUCCAUCUCGGCCUGUCUCAGGUGGAGCUCACAGGAAACAGUAUAUUUGAGUACAUCCACCCGUCAGACCAUGAUGAGAUGACAGCUGUGCUGGGUGUUCACCAGCCCCCACACCAUCACUUCCCUCCAGAUUAUGAAAUAGAGCGCUCCUUCUUCUUGAGGAUGAAGUGUGUUCUGGCUAAACGAAAUGCAGGACUGACGUGUGGAGGAUAUAAGGUCAUUCACUGCAGUGGCUACCUAAAAGUACGUCAGUACAUGAUGGACAUGGCUCUGUAUGAAUCCUGCCACCAGACUGUGGGUCUGGUGGCAGUGGGUCACUCACUGCCCCCGAGUGGCAUCACUGAGAUAAAACUCCACAGCAACAUGUUCAUGUUUCGAGCCAGUCUGGACUUCAAACUCAUCUUCUUGGACACAAGGGUAGCUGAGCUGACUGGGUACGAGCCACAGGACCUGAUAGAGAAGACGCUUUACCACCAUGUUCACGCCUGUGAUGUUUUCCAUCUACGCUAUUCUCACCAUUUAUUACUGGUGAAGGGGCAGGUCACCACAAAGUACUACCGCAUGUUAUCAAAGCACGGAGGCUGGGUGUGGGUGCAGAGCUACGCCACCAUCGUCCACAACAGCCGCUCCUCCAGACCUCACUGUAUUGUCAGCGUGAACUAUGUCCUCACUGACAUUGAGUGCAACGAGCUGCAGUUAUCUCAAGAUCAGCAUGGAGCUGUUAAGCCUGGUCUGAGUCUUCUCUCCUCCGAGGAUCACCGCAAACAACCAAGAACCAAAGCGGUCAGGAUGACGACCAAACUCAGAGCAGCUCCUUAUCCCGAGCAGCACAGGUUCAUUCAGCCGGACCAUGUGAGCUGCUCCCCACAGAAGGUGACUCCCUGCAGGGAAAAGAGCUCCAGCUUGAGCCCUGAGACAAGUCCAGUGUCCUGCAGCCCCAUUUACAACCUGACCCUCCGCGACCAGCUGGCUCAGCAGAUCAUACACAGCUCUCUACACAGCAAAGGGUCUGUUGGAUGGAACAUCAGCAGCACGCCAGCAACCAAAAAACACACAGGCCCCAUGAUGUUAGCGGACUGUGGAUACUCUGAUGACAUCUACCAUGAUUGUUCCAACAGCAUGGACAAACAGUCCACCAGCAGGUUGAAGGAAGAACCCUGCAAACAUCACAUGCUUGACCAACACGGGGUGACGGAUAUUCAUUCCCAUCACCGUCAAACCAAGGACAGUAAACCUUUCAGCCAGGACGUUCUACAUCACGCAAGAAGUUCUGAAGGACUACGAGGUGAGCGGGCCCUGGCCUGGCCUUUGCUCAGUGGACUGGUACUCAGUAAAGGAGAGCAGGUUGGCUCGCUGCAUGGUAUAGGCCAGUCUCUUCCAGUCCAGAUGGUGCUGGAGCAGAGGAGGCUGUGUAUGAUGGAGGCUCCGCACAGUCACACAGCCGCAGGGUAUCCACACGCUGCUCAUGACGACCAGCAGCUGCACGAUGAUGGUGCAGAUCUGCAGCACAAGUCUGCAGAGGAGGACAGGCGAAUGCUGGCAGGUGUCGGGGUUGGGAUGGGACUCCCUCAAGCUCCAUACAUGUCCUGGAACUUUCACCAAGUUCUGGGCAAACACGGCUCCAUCAAAUCGCCUCCUUUUACCACACUGAGCCAUAUCACAGACGGCCACAUUUAUCAUGGCAAAGAGCUGACUUCCUACAGCUGUGACAGUCAAACCCACAGCUCCAGUUCAUCUCCGGAGAGUCACAAAGACAUCCCACACUACAUCGGCACAUCAGUCAUUAUCACCAAUGAGAGGUGA